AUUGUAUGCAUGUGAUGUAAGGUCAUUCGCGUGAAAAUAUCAGCGAGGAAAAAUCGAAUUUUUGUGUUUUGUGUGCUAGCAUACAAAUCCGAACGAAAGACACAACAAAAAGAGGAAGGCGAAAAAGAAGAAGAAGCGCACGAAAGUUUGCCUUCAACGAAAAUAAAUGCAAAAUGAGAAAUUUCUUAAUGUUUUUAUUUGCGAAAAUAGCUUCAUGAAUUAAGAACAAAAUAGAAAAGCUGGAAGAGCAAGGAAAAGCUGGUUUAAUUACUAAAUAGGAAAUUCGCAUUCAAGCAAAAACACCAAAACGGAAGAUCCAAAACAAACCAACCAACAACAACAACAUCAACAGCAUCAACUAAUAUCAAAUUAAAUAACUAAGCCUAAUAACGUAUACAUUUAAAGAUCUAUUUAUAAAUUAAUAUUUACCAUAAUGAUUUAGUAAGUUAAGCUUAAAGUACAAAACAAAAAAAGAGAAAAGAUAAAGGAUACACCACAAACCAACAACAACAACCAACCAACAACCACAAAUAAUUAAUCAAUCAAUUAAGAAAGUAAAUUCACAAACUAUUAUGCAAAUGACAAGGAAAUAACGAAAACGACAACAACAACAAGUCACCAACAACCACACAUCGGCAGCAUAAUUAAUAACAACCAACAACAACAACGGAUCAAUACCAAAGAUGGAGGCGAAAUUCUUGGCUAGCGCUCUUUCAUUCCUCUCGAUAUUUUUAGCGAUUUAUGCUCAAUCACUUGAUAAGCUGGUGCCAAACUAUGAUAAUAUCGAGCAUCAAAUGAAAUUUUACGACAUCAGACACCCGCUGGUUCUCAGCUGCAACGUGAAAGACACGCCGGGCGUGCUUAUAUGGAAAAAGAACAACACCGAUGUGACGCAGGUGCCUUCGCUGAAAGGUCGCUUUAAGCUAAUCGAAGCCGAGAACAAGUUCAUCAUCGACAAGACGGACGCAUCCGACGAUGGUCUUUACAGUUGCUCGAUCAACGAAGAGUCCCGGAAUAUCACAGUGAUUGCCCGCGUUAUUGUAAGAGUGCCUUCAAAUACAGCCGUUGUGGAGGGUGAGAAGAUGUCGGUGACCUGCAGCGUUGUUGGUACCGAUCCCCAGUUGUCAUGGACCUUUGGCAAUGUAACGCUGACAAACUCCACAGAUCGUUACAUCCUCAAGGCGGACGAGGACAAUGUCCCCAACGCCAUUCUGACAUUGGACAAUGUGACAUUGGACGACAGAGGCGACUACAAAUGCAUUGGACGCAAUGCGGCCAAUGACUACGGUGUGAAUGGCACCAACACCGCCCCUGCCAUCGACGUCACAACUGUGCGUGUUAAGGGCAAAUUUGCCGCCUUGUGGCCUUUCCUGGGCAUCUGUGCUGAGGUGCUGAUUCUGUGCAUCAUCAUUCUCAUCUACGAGAAGCGACGCAACAAGAGCGAACUGGAGGAGAGUGAUACUGAUCCCCAAGAACAGAAAAAGAAAAGGAGAAAUUAUGAUUAAAAUUCCUAACAAAAAGAAAGAACACACCGUAUAAAGAAUAAUAGAUAAAAUCAUUAAAAUAUGAGCAAAAACAAGUAACAGAAAGUAAAAUGCAUUAAAACAUUACAUAAACUACAUAAAACUAGCAAAAUCGAGAAAGGUAAUGAAGCCGAUAAAGUCACAAGAGAAAAGUUGUGUAUCCACACCCCUCUCCCAUUUUCCAUCCCCCCUCUCCCCCUCCCCCUACCACCCAGCAAAACUGAGAACUUUGUUUAGCGAAAUUGUAUUUUAUUAAAGAAAACAAAAAACGUAAAAGAAAAGCAAAAAAUUAAUAUUAAACAAGAGGAAACCGAAGUAAAUCUAAAAUAACAUUAAAAUGGAAAGUGAUAGCAGUUAAACGAACACUAAUAAGAGAAUAUGGAUUAACGAUGGCAGAAUAAAGGAACUUUAGCAAUUAACCAUAAAGUGAAGCGUUAACUCGAAAGCAAAAUGAAAAAUGUCGCACAUGCCACUCCCUCUCCCACGCACCCUCCACCUGAACAACAACAACAACAAACAAAAUAAUAUUGUACAUAACCUAAAAAGUUGAGGAUAAUUCUGAAGAAGGGCUUUCUUCUGUCUCUGCCUGAUCCACUGCACGAGUAGGGCAGCCAAGGCUCUGUCUCUCUCACUCCUAUCGAAGAGGACUCUUUAUACAACUAUGAUUUCUUAGGUAGCGAUAUUUUGAGGUUAGUUUUUAGUUCGAGUCGGAUAUCUAUGAAAAAAAGAAAGCAGAAGAAGAAGCGAUGCGGCAACAACAGCAACCACAAUUGUGAGGAAGAGAAAGAUGGAGAAGGAGAAGGAGUACAUGAUCGAAAACGAUGACACGGGAAAGCGAUUGCAAAACGAUGUUGAAAGAACUUGGUUAAUUAAACUUAGUUAAUAUACGGUGUAUUGAAAAACUGAAGAUGAACUUUUUAAACGAUUAAGUAGCGCGUUAUGAGUAUAUUUUUAAAGGAUUAAUACCACAACUAGUAGCUGAUGGCGAGGGACGAAGCGUUGGAAGCGAGGACAUUGUAUAUUGCAUAAUUUUAGGAGGAAAGGAUGGAAGUAAAUCAGAUGCGUACUGCCAAAACUUGUAAAGUUCAGUACUAUUUGCUUAGCCUCAUUUUUGGUAAACAAAACUAAAAAACCAAAAUCAAAACACACUAAGAACUUAACAAAAAAAAAAAAAAUAAAUGAAAUCAUAAGCUCUGUUAAUUCAUUUCUGUUGUUGUUAAUUUCGGUUGUUUAUGUAUAAUGUAUGUGUAUAAAAAUCGAAGUGCGAAAGAACUAAGAACUAAAGCGGUCUUCAAUUCACAUCUUAACUCGUAAUCAUAAAGAAAUCGUAUAUAGAUAUAUAUAUGUAUAAAUUUGUAUGACUUUAAUUUCGGUUGAUGUUUUCAUUUACGUGGACUUUUCGUUGUUGAUUUUUUCGCCGCCACCAAAGCUUUAAAUAUUUACAUAGUAAACUGUGUUCUCAGCAAAACGAUGAAGUUAUUAAAAUAAAAUUAUGUUAAAUAAAAACAAGACGAGACGAUUUGUAUAGUAAACUAAAUGAGCAUAAUAAACAGAACCCUUGAUAAAAACCAACAAAGAA